AUGUCGACCAGCAACGCACCAGAAGUGCCGCAGCCUUCUGCAGCGACCCCAAAUGGAGUCUACAAACCACGUUACAUAGAUAUAGGUAUCAACCUCACCGAUCCCGUCUACAGCGGAAAAUAUUACGGUACACAACGUCAUCCAAACGACCUCUCGGGUGUUCUACAACGUGCAAAGGGAGCAGGGUGCCAGAGGUUGAUCGUCACAGGCUCGGAUUUGACAGAGUCAAGGAAAGCUAUCGAAUUGGCAAAGGCACACCCAGGCAUAAUCUACACCACAGUCGGCGUCCACCCCUGCUCCUGCCAACAAUUCACAAAAACCCCCUCCAGCGGCUCCAUCUUCCUCACACAACUCAAAGCCCUCGCCCUCUCAGCCAAAGAGUCGGGACACUGCGUCGCCUUCGGCGAGAUUGGCCUCGAUUACGACCGUCUCGAGCUCUGCCCAAAAGAUAUCCAGCUCGAAUACUUUGCCAAACAACUAGAUGUCGCUGUCGAGAUCGGCUUGCCUCUGUUCCUGCAUUCGAGGGCUGCACACGAGGAUUUUAUACACCUGUUGAAGGAGCGGGAACAUGGGUUGCGGAAAAAAGGGGUCGUGCAUAGUUUUACUGGAACAAGGGAGGAGAUGCUGGAACUUGUAGAGAUGGGCUGGGAUAUCGGCGUUAAUGGGUGUAGUUUGAAGACGGUGGAGAAUUGCUUGGUGGUCAAGGAGAUUCCGCUCGAGAGACUACAGCUUGAGACUGAUGGGCCUUGGUGCGAGAUGAGGGCUAGUCAUGCAGGGACAGCCCACUUGCACGGGUAUAAAGAGGAGAAGGAGGUCAAGUGGGUUAAGAAGGAGAAGUGGGUUGAAGGUGCUGCUGUCAAAGGACGGAAUGAGCCGUGUAUGAUUGGCAAGGUUGCGUGGGCUGUGGCGGGGAUUAAGGGGGUCGGUGUUGAGGUUGUUGCGGAAGCGGCGUGGAAGAAUAGUGUGAGGAUGUUUGGGCUGGGUGAGAAGGUCGAGGAGGAGGAGCUGUGA